AUGCCCUGGUUGCCCCGCGCCACGCUCCUCUGGGACGUGGUCCUGGGCUUUUUGGGCACCGCCACCUUCCUGAUCGACCUGGGCGCCGACCUGUGGGCCGCGGGCCAGUAUGUGCUCAGCGGCCGCUACCUGUGGGCCGCGCUGGUGCUGGCGCUGCUGGGCCUCGCCUCGGUCGCGCUGCAGCUCUUCAGCUGGGUCUGGUUGCGCGCCGACCCCGCCGGCUUGCACGCGCCGCAGCCCCCGGGCCGCUGCCUGGCGCUCCUGCAUCUCUUGCAGCUGGGCUACCUGUACAGGUGUGUGCAGGGGCUGCAGCAGGGGCUCCUGGUGUGGCAGCAGGAGGCGCCCUCCGAGUUUGACCUGGCUUAUGCCGACUUCCUAACCCUGGACAUCAGCAUGCUGCGGCUCUUCGAGACCUUCUUGGAGACGACACCACAGCUCACGCUGGUGCUGGCCAUCGUGUUGCAGAGCGGCCGGGCCGAGCCCUACCAGUGGGUCGGCAUCUGCACGUCUUUCAUGGGCAUCUCGUGGGCGCUGCUUGACUACCACAGGGCCUUGCGCACCUGCCUCCCCACCAGGUCGCGCCUGGGGCUGGGCUCCUCUGUGUUCUACUUCCUGUGGAACCUGCUGCUGCUGUGGCCCCGAGUGCUGGCCGUGGCCCUCUUCUCUGCUCUCUUCCCCCACUACGUGGCCCUGCACUUCCUAGGCCUGUGGCUGGUGCUGCUGUCAUGGGUCUGGCUGCAGGGCACAGACUUCAUGCCAGACUCCUGCUCGGAGUGGCUGUACCGGGCCACCGUGGCCACCAUUCUGUACUUCUCCUGGUUCAACGUGGCCGAGGGCCGCACUCGAGGCCGCGCCACCAUCCACCUGCUGUUCCUCCUGAGUGACAGUGUCCUCAUGGUGGUCACGUGGUUGACUCACGUCACCUGGCUGCCCAGUGGGAUCCCACUGCAGAUGUUGCUGCCGGCGAGUGGCAUCUGCUUCCUCUUGGGCCUGGCUCUGCGGCUCGUGUACUACUGCUGGCUGCACCCGAGCUGCCGCUGGGAGCCUGACCAGGUGGAUGGGGCCCAGGACGUCCACUCCCUCGAGGGGCGUCGGCUGCCUCACAACAGGCGCUUGACCUACUUGGCUCGGAACUUUUUCCCCAGGGUUAGGGAUGAGGCUGCUUUGCCACAGAAGGGAGAGGAGAAUGGGGUCCUUUGA